AUGGUCAAAAUAAGUGAAAUCAGUCGCACAUCGACAUUUGCGUGGAACCAGGAUGCUUUACCAUUGUUGGCAACAGGAACAGUAGCUGGUGCUGUGGAUAUAAAUUUCAGUUCUUCGGCAACGUUGGAGAUUUGGGAUAUCUUUUCACACAAGAAAAAAAAGGAACCAAUCUUUAGUGCUCCAGUGGAAAAUAGAUUCUAUGCAUUGGCUUGGUCGAGUCCAUAUGAAGGAAGACCAAAAGGUUUAUUGGCUGGUGCUUUUGAGGAUGGAAGUGUUGAGUUUUGGGAUGCAGAAACACUCAUCAAAACAAAAGAUCUUUCAAAAGCCUCAGUACACAGGUCAAAUAAACACACUGGCGCUGUAAAGUCUUUACAAUUCAAUCCAAUCCAAAAACAUGUUCUUGUAACUGGUGGCUCAAAUGGACAAAUAUUUAUUUGGGAUACAAAGACUUUUGAUGAACCUUUUACCCCAGGUCAAGCCAUGACACCGAUGGAUGAGAUAAGCAGCGUUGCUUGGAAUAACUCAGUUGGCCAUAUCUUGGCUAGUACGGGAAAUAGUGGUUAUACUUCAAUUUGGGAUUUGAAGUCAAAAAAGGAAAUUUUGCAUUUGUCCUAUACAGGACCUUCCGGUAGAGCUAACUUUUCGCAAGUGGCAUGGCAUCCUACAAAGUCAACGAAAUUGGUCACUGCUAGUGAUAGCGAUUCGUGUCCUGUUAUUUUAACAUGGGAUUUGAGAAACUCAAAUGCUCCUGAAAAAAUCAUGGAAGGUCACAAGAAGGGGGUGUUGUCCCUAGAUUGGUGUAAAAAAGAUCCCGAACUAUUGAUGUCUAGCGGGAAGGAUAAUGCAACGUUGUUGUGGAAUCCAAUCGAGGGUAAAAAAUUGGGUGAGUAUCCAACUACUGCAAACUGGGCGUUUCAAACCAGGUUCGCACCUGCGGUACCCGACGUGUUUGCUACUGCUUCAUUUGACGGAAAAAUUGUCAUUCAGUCGUUGCAGGAUACCUCUCCACCUGUAUCAACAAAAGUGGCUGCAUCCAAUGACGAUAAUGAAUUUUGGAGUGAGCUUUCCGUAACUGAAACUCAGCAACCCGUAUUUGUGUCCCAGCAAGCACCUGCAUGGCUCAAGAACCCGGUUAGUGUUUCCUUUGGCUUUGGUUCAAAAUUGGUGAUUGUAACCAAAGAUGCCACUGGCAAGUCAAAUUUGAAAGUUACAAAAUUUUUGGUGAAAGGUCAUGAGAAGUCAGAAAAGUUGUUUGAGAAUUUGAAAAACGAAGAUUUUUCAACUAUUAUUGAAGAACGUUUGAAGAGCGUUGCAAUUAACGACAAUGACAAAUCCGAUUGGGAAGUAUUGAAAGCACUUUCCAAAGAUGGAAAGAAGAAGCUAUUUGAAAGCGAAAAAGAUGCUAUUGAUGAUGAAACGGAGAAUAGCAAAACGGACGGUUCUGUAGAAAAAAAGAACAAGGACACUGAAGAUGUAAAUGGCGAUGAUGAUUUUUUUGCACAUCUUGGAAAUGGUAAAGUACAAGAAAGUGACAGCACGUUUACCCCCACUGGUAAUUUCAAAAUUUACACACUGGAUAACAAGCCAGCUGACGUAAAGUUGAUCAAACUGAUAUUGAGAAAUAAAAUAGAUGAUGCUGUUGAUAUUUGCCUUGAGCAGAAUAGACUAUUAGACGCUUUAGUGUUGGCAUUAGAUAGCUCUGAGCAAGUAAAGGAAAAAGUAAAGGGUGCAUUCUUUAGAAAGGAAAAGGAUAAUAACUUGGCAAGAGUCAUUUAUAAUGCAACUUCGAAGAAUGUAACCGAUCUUGUCGCACAUGCAGACGUAAGUAAUUGGAAGGAUAUUGCCGUUAGCAUAUCAUCUUUUACAACCGACUCAGACGAAUAUGAUCAAAAGAUGGUUGAGUUGGGAGACAGAAUUUUGAAGGCCGACAAGACAAACAGAAAUGAUGCAAUUACCUGCUAUAUAGCUGGAGGUGCAUUGGAUAAAAUAGCCAGUCUUUGGUUACAAGAGUUGACACGGUACGAAUCUGAUUUAUUAAAAUCGAAUGAAAAGAACAUUUCAUCGCCAUCAGAAGCACGUUUGGAAGCCUUGACAAACUUUGUUGAAAAAGUGUCGGUAUACAGGCAUUACUCCAAAACAACUGGUGUUAUUUCUGGACCAUUAGUAGAACCAAUUUCAAAAACAGUUUUAGAGUUUGUAAAUCUCGUUGCGGGAACAAGCGAAUUUGAAUUGGCUAGUAAAUUGUUGCAAAUGUUACCUGGAGAGUUUGCUAGUGUUGAAAAAGAGAGAAUCUCAAAAGCAUUUGGGAAAAAUGCUGAGCCAGUAGCCCAAAAAACCGUGAAGUCUCAAUCUAGAGCAGGUGCAACCACUGCGGAAUUCAAGGGACCAAUACAGUCCUUUACAAGUGGUGGUGGUCCUGUGCCACCUGCUUUCCAAGGCACUUCUGCCUUCCCUGCUCAACAAUUGAAACCGCAAUUUCAGCCAAAGAUUACACCACCGUUGCAUCAGCCAGCUCCAACUACAUAUGGACAGCAGCAACAGCAGCAGCAGCUGUUGUCUUCAACUUACCCGGCGGCAAUCAGGUCCAAUCCUUACGCUAGAUCGAACCCAUACGCACCAAGUAACAUUUAUAAACCAGCGUCGGCAUCAGCGGUUACUCAACCUACGUCCAACUUACCAAAUCCUGCUACAGGACCACCACAACCUCCACUACUGAAGGCCAAUAGCACCGACGGAUGGAACGAUUUACCUGAUACUUUCAAACCAAAAUCUGCUGCUCCACGUCGUGCUGCGGCAACUGGUAUUCCAAGUCCCUCUCUCAUUCCCAACGCUGCAUUCCCAACUACUCAAAACGCAGUUCCUCAUCAUUCUCAAUUUGGUCCUCCAAAGAGAACAGUUUCUACAAAUAAUGUCGCACCUCCUCCAAAAAGCGCCAAUCGUUCAUCUUCUAAACAGGCUGUUCCAACACAACCAGUGUCAUCUCCAAAACCAGCACCAAGCGUGUCAAGUAAGUAUGCGCCACCUCCGGGUGCCACCUCUUCUAUUCCUUCAGCCCAAGGAUUAAGUGCACCAUCGACCGCAAAUGCGUCCCCUCGACAAGUGAAGAGAAACCCGUACGCGCCAACGGCAGUGCAAAUACCUCCCAAAAUUUCUUUUGCCUCACCACCAGCACAGCUGCUCUCAAGUGGACCUCCCACUCCACUGAAGCAAUUUCACAAAAAUCCGUACGCUCCACCUGCUAAUAAUGGUUACAGUCCUGCAACCGGAAUUGCCAUGCCUGUAAAUACGCCACCACCACCACCGCCACCAGCUGCUGCAGUGCAAUCGUCAAUGCAUCGACAAUCAUUUGGAACGAGCAUGCCAACUCCAGUACAACCAGCUUUUAGCAGUGUUCCACCUCCUCCUCCCCCAACUGGUCCUAUGACUCAUAAGAUGGCAGUAUCAACACCAGUAGCAGCAGCACCACCACCAACACCAACACCAGCAGCAACAGUACAAGGAUCUGUUCAAGAACCUGUACAGGUUGCUGUUGAAAAGCACCCCAAGGGAGACAGGUCGCAUAUUUCUGGAGAGGCGUUAUUUAUCUUCAAGUCAUUGAGUACAGUUGUUGAAGCAGUGAAACCAAAUAUCCCAGAGAAGUACUCCAAACAUGGGGCUGAUAUGGAACAAAGACUAAACAUAUUAUUUGAUCACUUGAACAACGAGGAGAUUUCGGCAUCUCUUUUAGAAUCGUUGAAACAAGUGAGUUCCAGUUUAGAGCAAAAGGAAUUUGAAACAGCCAAAGCCAUCAAUAUUGACAUUGCAACUAAUUACAGUGAUGAAUUGGGUCAUUGGCAUACGGGUCUUAAAAGACUCAUUACUAUGGCAGAGGCGAUGUACUAG